AUGAUCAGUAAUAAUCGAUUAGAAUUACAUCAGCCAGUAAUUUUAUCAAAUUGUGAUAGUGUCGGAAACAGGAAUUAUAUUCCUCAAGAAAACUGUUCAGAAAACCUUAAUCAAAUGGCGCAAUUCCGAUUUGCUGAUUCUUAUCGGCGAACGCCCCAAAUUUCAGUAACAGGACGUAGUGAACUGAAUCCAAUGGGGAGUAACAGUGCCGUUGGAAAUGUGCAGGUAUCUACCCAUAAAAAUGCCAGUUCGAAUGGCGUCGAUCCCAUUUGUCCAUAUUGUGAUCGCUUUAUUAGUCAUUACAAAGGCAAUAUUAGGCGCCACAUGAAUCAGUGUGUGAAAUCUGCGCGCAACGGAGGCAAAUUGAGGAAAAAAGAUGCUGCUCUGAAGCAAUUCACUUCUGGCAUUUCUCAGUUUGGCGAAGGAUGUAGCGAGGCGGCAUAUUCAGAUAGUUAUCAACCUCAUGCUCUGGAAACAUCUUUAGCUGAGAAAAAUGCAUGGAUGGAUAGAAGCGUUACUAUAACUGAACAAAGUCAAACAACUAAAUCGAAGUCAUAUAGUAUCAAAAAAGAUCGUAAUACUGAUGAUUCAUUCCGGUGUCCGUUGUGUGAUUUUUCUACAAUAUACAAGGGCAAUAUGAAGCGACAUUUGAGUACUUGUCAUGGCUUACAAGAUGAUGAUCUCAAAGAUGGUUGCAUUGAUAAAUUAAAGUGUAAAGAAGCAAUGAAUUUACGUGCAGAAAAUGCUACCCGGAGUAGACGUUCAAAAAAUUAUCUCAAAAGCACACCAAAAUCAGUUGACAUAAAUCCUAAAAAUGGCAGUACUCCUGCUACAUCACGAAUGCCUGAAAUGAUUACAAAUGCAUCAUCUUCAUCUGCUCAGCUCAUUCCUCCUACUAAUAUUUGUAAAGAGCCUUCCUUAUCCACAGACUGUUCAUUUAAUGGCAGUUUGACAUUGGAAGUUGGAUCUUUAGAUUCAUCAUCAAAAACAAUUGAAGUUCCUGUUGAUGGUAGCAUACAGUUAGUAAAAUCGAAUACCAUUGAUGAAACUAUUGAAGCCGUGAUAGCAAAUGGGAAUGAAAAUCUUUUGGAUCAUAUAACUUCAAAUGGUUAUCUCAUGAGUGAACCCAAAUAUUCCGUUUGA